UGAGAACAGUUGUCUAUUGCCUGCUCGCCUUUCACGUGUAUUCGGGUUUUUUGAGUGGAAUACGUGUUUCUGCAGCUCUACCAUGUCCAGGAAGUCAGAGAAACCGAGUCGCAAAUCUCUUCAUCCGAAUCUGGAGAUUAGAGGCCCGACAUUGCCACGACUUCCACCGAUUACUCGCCAGAAACCAUGUCGGUACGAGGAAUUCAAAUCUGAAAUGAGUAACUUUCAGGACAGAUUGUUGGGAAGACCAGGUGCUCUUCAACGGAGUGAAAACUGUCGGAAUAAAGAAAUAUCCAACCUUCAAGAAGCAAGCAGAAAACGGAAGUCCAGGGGACAGAUGGGACAGAGAGGUGACCAUAACGUACUUGACAAGUCCGGCUAUGCUCCAUCGCCUCUAAAUGAGCAGUUAGUUUCAAUGUCAUGCGAAGACAUGAGCAGAAGACGUUACCUGAGUGAGUGUCGUCAUCGUCUUGCGAAAAAAUGGCAAGAACAGAAACAAACAAUGAAGGAGUUCCAGAAGAAAAAAGAGGAAGAACUCAAGGAACUUAAGACGCUUCUCCGGAAAGAGAAAGCGGUCAUGAGACUGAAAGUGAACCGCCCUUCUGUGGUAAUUCACGAAGAGAAGGAGAAUAAUGACCGUUCCUUGAAUAAGGCGAAUAUAUCCAUCUGCCCUGUUCCUUCUCUGGAACCUCUGAAACGGAAAUCUAGAGUCUGCAGGGAGGUUAAGAAGAGUGCUGCUGUGGAAAUUUCCAACGGAGCAGGCAUUUCCGUGCGUGAGCAUGCGUGGCCAGUGUCGAUUCCCGAAGCUCAGAGUAAAAAUGGGUCCAAUAGUAGAAGACAGUUCGGUUCAAAAGUCGUUCUCCCUCCAAUAAAGAGCAAGAUCUCAAAACAAGUAUGGCGCUAGGGGUAUGAACAUUCAGUGACUAUAUGUGUUUCUUCUUGAUGAAGAAAGUACUGUACCUCAGUAACAGGUCAAGAAGACUGUGGAAACGGUCAGACCAUUCAUGCUUGAUUAAGAUGUCCAGAAAUCUGGAUCAUAGUAUGUGUUAUCACUACAAAUAAGUUGGGAACUUCAGUAAGUACAGCUGUUAUGAAACUCAUUCUUUUGUGUG